AUAGGUGUAGCAUGGUUUGGUUUGGAUGAACUAUUUCCGUGUGAAUUCCUAAAUAAUCCAAGUCUUCGUUUUAAUAUUCAUUAAAGAAAAUACCAUUGUAACCUUCAAUUUCUUGUUAAAAGAAUUAUAAAAAGCUUAUGUUUUCAGCAUUUCCAAUCAUAACUUAUUUGGGUGAAAGAACAUCAGCCAGACUAAUGGAAAAUGUCGCCAUGGACGUUUACUAUUUCUCAAAUUCUGCAGGAUCUAGUAUUAAAAUCUUUAGAAAUAGAAAUGGAAUGAGACAGGCAGAUGUUAAAUACAAUGUAACAGAGACAAAUGCACAAGUAGAUUUGAAAGUGUUUGGAAAUACCAUAAAAACAGCAGGAGUUAGGGCUAGGAUAUUAAUUCAUAUAGAAACAAAAGAUGACAUUGGUAGUUAUGAUGUUGUUGUGACAAACGAAAUAAAUUCAACUGUACGGUCAAUGGAAAUAAUAGCAAAAGGUCCACCAGGUGUUUCAUAUAAUGUAACAGUAGACAACAUUCAACAAACAACUGCACGUGUAUCGUGGCAACAAGGAUAUCAUGGUGGAUUUCCUCAGACUUUCUUGAUACAGCUUAGUACUGACAUGGAACAGUGGGAAAAUGUUGAGACAGUUUAUGGCGGGACAGAUGAAAGUGAAGAUUUUAAGCAAAAGGUCUUAACUGACCUCAGUCAUUCAACAGCAUAUUUUGUACGGAUUUAUGCGUUUAAUAGAGAAGGCAAUGGUCCUUUCUCUCAAUAUAAGAACUUCACGACACGUUCAAUCAUAGGAUCUGACACACAAAGUUCCUCUGUUGGUGGAAUUGUAGGUGGAGUAGUAUCGGCUAUGAUAGUGAUAGCUUUGAUAGUGGUUCUUGUUGUACUUUUACGAAGAAAAGCAAUCACGAAAGAUGGCAUCAGGACUCGGCUGCAAGCGAUAUUUAGAAAAUCACCCCAUGAAGGACAACAAACUCAGCCAACGGAGAUGGACAACGUUGCCGUUAACGACUUAUAUGAACAGACCAAACCAAACGAUACGAACAAAUCAAAUAUUAAUGUUAACAAAAUAAAUUUGUAUGAAAAGCUUGAGCGUACUACAAGCACCGAAAACACAAAUGCUUAUGAUACAAUUAAAGUUGAAAAAGAAAAAACAGCUGACAGUAAAGUGGAGUAUGAAAAUCUACCAAAGAAAACAUGUACAACAGACGCAUUCAAAUCUGAAAUAGCAGAAAAACUAGCUACCGGAAAGACCAGAAUCUACGAAAACUUAAAACCUGGUGUGAAAAUUGCGAAAAAGAAAUGACACAGUUGAAAUUGAUGAUGAAGUUUUUGAUCUGUUGUAAAAGAUGAGAUUGAAAUGAUUGUGAUGACGGAGAACAGAAAUGCCAAUGAAUAUACAGUGUAGAAUAACAGUGGAAUAACAUUAUUUCAGAUUGCUUAAUUUUGUAAUCGAAUUUUGUAAUCGACAAAGUAUAAAAUUAUGUGUGUAUAAAUGCUUAUGUAUGUUUACAUAACAUGGAGUCUAAUUAUUGUUGUACAUCUAUAACCAACGAUAUUAACUAUAUGCAAUUUUAGCACAUACUGUUGUUAUUGUUUUAUCAACUGAUUUGACUAUUUUUUCAAUUCAAAUUUGAAACGUAAUACUUUUUUUUAGUGAAAGCUAGUUUAGGAACUAACCUUUGUUAACAUUGUUUGAUAUUUUAGUUGACAGUAAGGUAAAAUGGAAUUUGAGUGAUCAGUACAUUACAAAUGAUAUUGAACGAAUCACCUUACGGGUAUGCAUAUAUUGUUUUAUCUUUGGUAAGCAUUCAAAAUUAAGUACAUGUAUAUACCAAAGAAGUAGUGGACAUUGCUUCUUUAAUGGUAACCAAUGCAUUUUGUUUGUUUUUCUUUUGUUUUUUAAUUUUGUGUUGUUUUUUUUCGGGGGGAUUUUGUGUUGUUUUUUUUGUUUAAUAUUUAUAUUUUUAUUGUUCAAUAUUUACAACCUAAAAAUUAAAACUAUUAUGUUGCAUAUUAUGGUAAAAAAAUGUUAAGUUUUCAAGAAACAUAAGUGUCCAUUUAAUAAAGUGACAUAUUAGAUUUUCAUAUUUUUACAAUAUAACAUAUUGACACUUUCAAAACAAGUUACCGUUUUAGGUUAAGCAAAUAUCAACCCUAAUAAACAUCAAUUACAGCAUAAAUUUGUUUCAUUUUUAGCAGAUGUAUUUACGUGGUCAUACCCGCCAUUACCGGAGAACGAUAUUUUCGUUUAUUUUAUUUAUCAUUUAUUUUAAGCUUUUCCGAAAAUAAAUUCAAAGUUAAAUGACUAAUAAUGUGGAAGUUAGAACUGUCAAAAAUAGAAAUGUUCCGACUACAUUUAAAAGAUCUUACAUUGGUAUUUUUAGCAAAAACUCGUAUACUAAUUUAUUAAUUAAUUUGGAUAGAAACGAUCUUCGAGAUAUGUUCCAAAGCAAUUCUGAUCUAAAACAUAGUUAUGCAACAUAUUAGCGCACACUCACAUUACUUUUUCUCCAUAUCAAUGAUAGGUUCCGUGUAUACAUAUGUAUUAAAAUAUUAACUUUUCA